AUGCCAUUCCGAAACAGGGAGCACGCGCCAAAAACUACAAUCUCCACACAAGCUCGCAAUGAAUACAUUGAAUAUUGGGUACGCGACCUUGCCGCACACACAAAGUUGCUCCGUACCGUUGAUAAGAGUAUGUCAGAUGUUCCUCUUGAUGCACCAUCUUCAUGUCCUGGCACAAAGAGUGAUCAGGCAGGAAAAGCUUCCACUUGUGAAGGAUGUCCUAAUCAAUCUAUGUGUUCAAGCGGACAGGCUAAACUCCCUCUUUCUGAACGUGAACCGGAGACGAUUCAAACAAUCAAACGUCGUCUUUGCUCAGUUCGUUACAAAAUAAUUAUCCUAUCUGGCAAAGGUGGAGUGGGGAAAAGCAGUCUUUCUGUUUGCCUGGCUAGAGGACUCAGCCGACUUGAACGUAGUCAGAAGUCAGAUCAAGGUGGAUUAAAUAAUAAUUAUACUGUUGGAUUACUUGAUCUUGACCUGUGUGGGCCUUCUAUCCCAUGCAUGUUUGGGUGUAUGGAUGAAAAGAUACAUCAAAGUCAAUCGGGUUGGUCUCCUGUUUUUGUUACGGAAAAUCUUAGUCUCAUGUCUAUUGGAUUUCUACUGCCCAGUCCUGAUCACCCAGUCAUUUGGCGUGGACCUCGUAAAAAUACACUUAUUCGCCAGUUACUAACUGAUACUUCUUGGAUUGAAGAAGAAGAUGGUAAAUUGGAUCAAACUGCCAGUUUAGACUUUUUAAUUAUUGAUACUCCACCGGGAACAUCAGAUGAACAUCUUUCUGUUAUUCAGUAUCUUCAAGCUGCUAACUGUUUAGAUGGAGUGAUAAUUAUUACAACACCACAAGAAGUCGCUUUGUGUGAUGUUAGAAAGGAAAUCGAUUUCUGCCGAAAACUAUCAGUUCGAAUUUUGGGUAUCGUGGAGAAUAUGACCGAAUUUGUAUGCCCGUCAUGUAAACAUUCAGGUCCAGUGUUUCCGCCUACCACAGGUGGUGCAAAUUCUUUAUGCACUGCAAAUGGUGAUAAAGAAUCGGUAUCGUCAUCACCAUCAUUAGAUAUAGAGAUAUUGGGUCGUUUGCCUCUUGACCCACGAUUAACCAGAGCACUUGAUGAAGGUUUAUGUCCAUUUGAGCUGGCCGAAUCAAAUUCUCUCAUCAGCGAGCAGUUUCAAGAUUCAAACGAUACUGGGCUAAAAACUUCAGAUGCAGUUAUUGUUGCAUUCCAAGAGUUGUUCAACAAUCUCCUUAAGAAACUUCAUGACUGACUGAUUUCUUCGUCGCCGGUGCACUGAAGAAACAAUAAUUCCAUUGUACAGAACCUCGAUUUUUCUCAGCUAAUCAGAUUCGUUAGCAUUCAUUUAAUUAAAUAUAUAUAUUUUUGGAGAGAAUUCCCCUUAUUUCUACUAAUUUCUCGUCGAUGUUUACAUUCCUGAACACAAGGGUAUUUCAAACCAAGAGUUGUGAUUAAAAAAGAACCUUUGAAAGCCUUUUGAAAGGGGUACUAGAC